UCCCCCCGGAGCCCCGUCGCGCUGACCCCGCGGUCCCCCCGGAGCCCCGUCGCGCUGACCCCGCGGUCCCGGCUCCCGGCGGCGCUGAGCCCGGGGGCACGUGACACGCGCCCAUAUGACCUCCCGGAGUCACGUGACAGGGGCGGGCCCAUUGGUUGGCCAAUCAGCGCCCGGCGCGCGCACGUGGGAGCGGCUUCGCGGGCCGGGCCCCGGGGGGCAACGGAGGGGUCCCGGGGCCGGCGGUGCCCGUCCGCAGGGGUCCCUGUCCCCAGGGCUCCCAGCGCAAGCGGCACUGCCUUGGCAGCUGGCAGCACAGCGGUGGUGCCCUGGUGGGCACAGCCGGGCACAGCUGAGCGCUCGGUGAUGUCACCAGGCACAGUCGGCCACUGCCGGGGGCCACUGGGCACCACGAGGCACGGCCUUGGCGCUGCUGGGCACUGCCAGGUGUCACCAGACGCUGUCAGGCACCACAGGACACAACCGGCUACAGCCAGGCAAUGAAGGGCACAGUACACACUGCUGAGCACCGCUAGGUACAACUGACCACCCCUGGGCCCAGCUGGGGGCAGCUGGGCACAGACAGACAGGGUGUUACCAAGCAUUGUGGCAUAGAGGGACAUUGCUUGGCACGACUGAGCGCUGCAGAGUAUCACCAGGCACUGCCUGGCACCAUGGGCACAGAUGGGCACUGAUGGGUACUGUGUGGAGUGCCAGUAGGGUCCAACUGUGCCCUGGCUGUGUCCCAUCAGCCGCAGGGUGCCCUCCCACCCUGCCCUGUAGGCACUAGGACCCCCGAGGCAGCCAGGCUGUCCCAGCCCAGCGGGGCUGUCCCGGUCACCUCCUCACGGCAGCUGUGAUAGGGACGGUUAAAAAUAGCGGCGGCAGCAAUGGCUGCCCGGUGCCGGCUCGCCACCAGCUUCCACCGCGUCCACGGCGCCAACGUCCAGCUGGACGCCUCCCGCAUGCGGGCCACACGAGUGGAGAGCUUUGCCAACGGGCUCUGCUUCAGCCAGGAGCCGCUGGCGCCGGGGCAGAUCUUCCUGGUGGAGAUCGAGGAGAAGGAGAAGGGCUGGUGCGGGCACCUGCGCGUGGGGCUGACGGCCCACGACCCCCAGAGCCUCGAGGUGGUGCCCGAGUACUCGCUGCCAGACCUGGUCAACCUGGGGGACACCUGGGUCUUUGCCAUCACCCGCAGCCACAACCGCGUGCAGCCGGACGGGGAGGAGGCGCCGGCACGGGCACGGUGCCCGCCCUGGGAGCCCUUCCUGCUGGUAGCGCAGGUGCGGAUCCCCCGCGACGCGCUGGUGGGGCGCAGCCGGCCCGGCCGCUACAGCCACAUCCUGGACGAGCUCUACAGGACCAACGCGCUGCCAGCCACCGCCCGGCGCAGCCGCAUCGGCGUCCUGUACGCCCCGCAGCCCGACGGCACCGCCGACAUGCACAUCAUCAUCAACGGAGAGGACAUGGGGCCCAGUGCCCGCCGCCUGCCCGCCACCCGCCCGCUCUACGCCGUUGUCGAUGUCUUCGCCUCCACCAAGAGCGUCCGGGUCAUCCCGGUGGAGUAUGGCUUGCCCUCCCUGCAGACCCUCUGCCGGUUGGUCAUCCAGAAGCACAUCAUCCACCGCCUGGCCAUCGACGGCCUGGAUCUGCCACCACCACUCAAGAGCUUCUGCAAACACGAGUGAGGUGUUGAGGACUCUGCCCUGGCUUGCCCCUGUGCCAAGAGCUCCCCCACAGCAGCUGGCCAGCUGCCUGGGAGGAGCUGUGCCCCUGGCUGCCCCCUUGCCCACCACACGCUGCCACUGGGCUGAUGAGUGGGCAGUGCACAGAAUGGAGUCCCCUCCUCACAGAGGGGUGCAGUGGGGCCGGUGACACAGCUCAGAGUGAGCAAUAAAGUGAUGCCAGACAGAAA